AUGGCCACACUGGAGUAUAUCGCUGCUGGCGGCAACAGACACUCAUCCGCUGCGGACUGGGCGUCUGCGCUGUUGGCCUUCGGCGCCGGCAACAACAUCGCGUUAUGGAACCCAGAAGAUGAAUCAGAACGAGGCAUCGAGUCUCUUUUGGCUGGCCAUACCGACUCAGUCAACGCCGUGAAGAUAGUGGAGCGCGGAGAUCGGCACCUGAUCAUCAGUGGGAGUUCAGACAAGACGAUUCUCUUGUGGACGGCAGCAAACGAUGUAUCGAAUUCGUUUGAGGAGACCCAAUGCCUCACGGAACACAACGAAUCGAUCAACGCGCUGGCGAUAUUACCAGAUAUUGGCAUAUUCGUGUCAGGAUCCGCAGACGCUACAGUGAAAGUGUGGCGACUCGAGAACACAACAGCUAAGCUCAUUCAGUCUAUCUCAUUGAAGCCACGAUAUCUUCCUCUAGCGCUUGCUCUUACUGCACUUCCAAACGGCGAUAUUGUUCUUGCUGUUGCGGGGACGUCCAGCGUGAUCCAGCUGUAUGUAUCUAGUCAGCCUUGCGCCAACUUUGAGCUACAGGCGUCCUUGAGUGGUCAUGAAGGUUGGAUUCGGUCCUUGGACUUCACGAAGGAGGCCAAUUCAAGCGACAGUGACAUUCUGCUGGCAUCGGCAAGCCAGGAUAAGUACAUUCGACUGUGGCGAUUCCAUGAAGGGCAGAAGGAAACGACAACGUCGGCACAAAUCGCAGACGAGAUGACUGCCCCCAUCGAAAAGAAGUCACUUGCCAACAAGACACAUGAAGUCGGCAAAAGUGGUUCCAAGCAUUCCGUCACUUUCGAGGCGCUUCUCAUCGGCCAUGAGGACUGGAUAUACACCGCACGAUGGAAGUCCGGUGAGAGCACCGAAAAGGGUCCAAUCUUGCUUUCAGCAUCCGCCGACAAUUCACUAUCCAUCUGGCAUGCUGAUGCCGCCUCCGGUCUGUGGGUGUGCAACAGCAGGCUAGGAGAGAUAAGCUCCCUCAAAGGCUCUACGUCAGCUACAGGAAGCACGGGCGGAUUCUGGAUCGGACUCUGGCAGCCGGAAGGUCUAUCUGUGGUCAGUCUAGGUCGGAGUGGUAGCUGGCGGCGGUGGGCAUACGACCAAGGCAGCGACAUGUGGCUGCAAAAGGUGGGUAUCAGUGGCCAUGUGGGAGAAGUGCAGGGGCUAGCGUGGUCGCCCUCUGGUAACUACCUACUGUCGACAGCAUCCGAUCAAACGACGAGGCUGCUGGCGGAAUGGAAGAAGAAGGGCACAACCUCGUGGCACGAGCUGUCGCGUCCACAGAUACAUGGCUACGAUCUGAACUGCAUUGAUACUGUCACCGAUAAUCAAUUCAUCUCGGGUGCCGACGAGAAGUUGUUGCGCGUCUUCAACAAGCCGAAAGCCGUAGACGAGAUCGUCUUGAAACUUGCGGGCAAGACUACAUCACCCUCAAGUGAUCUGCCAGAUACGGCGAACAUUCCCGUGCUCGGGCUGUCGAACAAGGCUAUGACCGGCGCUGAAGAAGACGAAGAGCCGAAUGGACUUGACAACGGACAUACGAAUGGUCAUACUGAGCCACAAGAGCCAUCUACUGCUGCCACGAACAAGACACCGUUCGAUGUGGAACAUCCUACAUUCGAAGACCAUCUGGCUCGUCAUACAUUAUGGCCCGAGCAUGAAAAGCUGUACGGUCACGGUUAUGAGAUCUGCGCGGUUGCGACCAGCAAUGAUCGAUCACUGGUAGCAACAGCUUGCAAGGCAAGCUCGAUUGAUCAUGCUGUCAUCAGACUGUAUGACACGAAGGAGUGGCGAGAGGUCAAGCCGCCCCUGACUGCACACAGCUUGACAGCAACGAGUCUUGGAUUCUCUCCAGACGACUCGUACCUGCUCAGUGUAGGUCGAGACCGUCAGUGGGCCAUUUUCAAGCGAGCCGCGGACGACCUCAAAUCGUAUUCGCUGUUUACAUCGAAUCCGAAAGGUCACUCAAGAAUGAUCUUGGAUUGCUCGUGGGCACCAGUCACCUGCAACUACACUUUUGCUACUGCCGGACGAGACAAGUCCAUCAAGAUCUGGCAAUUUGCCGACGGCAAGGCGGACUGCGUGGCUACAAUUGCCACGGCUGCACCUGUCACAACUGUAGCUUUCGACCCCGUAAUUGGCCAGGAUACCCUUAGGAUCGCGUUUGGCGACGACACUGGGCGAAUCGGCCUCGCAUUGUUAGAUGCUGCGACGCUGAAGGUCCUGCAGAGGAAUGACAUCGAUGCCCGAUUGACGCAUUGUAAGACUGUUACCGCUCUCAGAUGGAGACCUGUGGGCAACACCGAUGAUGCUUCGAGCACUUCUAGCAAGGCACAACUCGCAUCAGCCAGUGACGACAUGUCUGUUAGGAUAUACGACAUCUGA